AUGACAGGAUCUGUUUGGGGGACUUCUCCACGCAUCUCCCUAACCAUCCCCUUGCAUUCACUAUAUCCUCAACCACAGUCUUCGCCUGGCCAGUCACUCGGGGCUUUGGAAUCAGCGAGUGAGAAAGGUAGCCGGCGUUCCGCUUCGGCUCACUCUGUUGAGUCCGAAUCCUCAACUUGGAUCGACACUGGUGACCUAGCAGAACAACUUCUCGAUGCGGAGGAUCCCCUCCGAGAUUGCUCUCUAGACCGUGAUAUCACUAGCCAUAGAGCAACGAAGACACGCUUGAGACAGCAGAGGCCGGCCCGUUAUUCGACUGAACUCACCACAGCGCUGGUUGAAACUCACUCAGAGAAACCGUCAAUUGAGAUACCUCGACCACCACCUCGGCAUAUCUCGCGGGUUGAGCGAUUUUUGGCUACCAUAAUGUCUCCCAACAACCGGCGAACAGCCCAGGUGCAUGGCUUGGUUGGAAAACCGUUGCUGUACUUCACCAGCGUCUUUGUCUCAUUGGGUGUGUUCCUUUUUGGCUACGACCAAGGUGUCAUGUCCGGGAUCAUAACUGGCUGGUAUUUCAAGGAAUAUUUCAACCAACCUUCAAGAGCCGCUAUCGGUACAGUCGUCGCGAUCUUGGAGGUCGGUGCAUUCAUCUCCUCUUUACUUGUUGGGCGGCUUGGCGACUUGAUAGGCCGCCGUAGAACCAUUCUCUAUGGUUCUAUUGUGUUUUUCAUAGGCGGCGCCCUGCAGACCUUUGCCAAUGGAUUACCAAUGAUGAUGCUAGGUCGAAUCAUUGCAGGCUUGGGAGUCGGAGCUCUGUCGACAAUCGUCCCAGUCUACCAAUCUGAGAUAUCGCCUCCCCACAACAGAGGAAAGCUCGCGUGUAUAGAGUUCACCGGUAAUAUUUCUGGCUAUGCUGCCAGUGUUUGGGUCGAUUACUUUUGUAGUUACAUCGAGGGCAAUAACUCAUGGCGACUGCCGCUGCUGUGCCAAUGCAUCAUGGGUGCCCUUCUUGGAGUAGGGAGCCUCGUCAUCUGUGAAUCACCCAGAUGGCUUUUGGACAACGACUAUGAUGAAGAAGGCAUGGUAGUCAUCGCCAAUCUCUACGGAAAAGGAGAUUUGCACAAUGACAAGGCCAGAAAAGAAUACAGAGAUAUAAAAAUGGAUGUUCUUCUGCAACGACAAGAAGGCGAGCGAUCAUAUUCCGACAUGUUCAGACGAUACCAGAAACGGGUGCUCAUAGCAAUGUCCGCGCAGGCGUUGGCUCAACUCAAUGGUAUCAACGUGAUAUCAUAUUACGCUCCUCUAGUCUUCGAAUCAGCCGGUUGGGCAGGCCGCGAUGCUAUCUUGAUGACAGGGAUCAAUUCACUCUCGUAUCUCGCAUCCACAGUGCCCCCUUGGUAUCUUGUUGACCGUUGGGGACGACGGCCAAUAUUACUUUCGGGAGCAAUUGCAAUGAUCAUUUCGCUUUCCUUGAUAUCCUAUUUCAUCUUCAUUGAUGUGGCAGCUACGCCAACUCUUACAGUGAUUCUCGUCAUGGUCUAUAAUGCUGCCUUCGGUGCAUCUUGGGGCCCCAUACCGUGGCUCUAUCCUCCUGAAAUCCUACCGCUGAGCAUCCGUGCCAAGGGUGCCAGUCUCAGCACCGCUUCAAACUGGGCGUUCAACUGGCUGGUUGGAGAGGUGACACCAGUUUUACAAGCUGCUGUAAAGUGGCGGCUCUAUCUUAUCCACGCAUUUUUUUGUGCGUGUAGUUUUGUUCUUGUUUAUUUCUUGUACCCAGAGACCAGCGGCGUUCGCUUAGAAGACAUGGAUUUGCUAUUUGGAGAUGCAACGACUGCCAUGCCCACACCAGUCACACAGGGAGAGCGUGACUCACUUAUGAGUGCCGGUUCGCCCAUUCCUUCACUCGAUAUUAGACGGCAGUAUGGCCAGUCUGCGGCGGAUAGUGCCAUACCCGGUCUAGAUAUCAACCCACCGAAUAUAUCUGCUGAUGGUACUGGCAAAUAUGCGCGACAGGUGCCCCAGGGAAGCCGUGACAACAGGUCCGAAGGUUUCGGCGGCUGGAUAUCAAGUAUGGUCAACCGACACAAAAGUUCAAAGCAGCGAGCACAAGUCGACGAAUAUAGACGUCUCGACCAGGAAGAUAAUGAGUGA